GGAAGAACUUUAUUUUUCAGCAUGGGCUCUUCUGUUAAGCGGUAACUUACUGGCUUUAUACAAACUAUUACUAAGAUAUCUUAGAACGAUAUAUUUUUUUAAACAGGUCAAUAAACGUGACUAAGUUCUGAAUCAAGCAGGAAUAUCAACUGAACUGAGAUCUGCUGCUGUGAAGAUGGUGUUUGUUAAAGAGGAGAGUGAGGAGGACAUGAGUGAACCAGAACCCUGGAGAAUAAAACACGAGGAACAAGGAGGCCUGAUGAAAGUGAAAGAGGAAAUACAAGAUCUGAAUGAAAUGGUGGAGAAACAUCAGCAUCAGAAAGCUCAUGAUGUCAUCGCUGGAGAGAAACCAUUGAGUUGCUCCAAAACUGAAAAAAGCAGCAUUCAAAUCACAGAUGUCAAACGGCUUUUCGUCUGUUCUCAGUGUGGAAACACUUUCACACGUAAAUCAAGCCUGAAGGCUCACAUGUUAAUUCAUACUGGAAUAAAGCCUUUCACCUGCUGUGUGUGUGAAAGGAGUUUUACAAAGAAAUCACACCUUAAGGAUCAUUUUGUAAUUCACACUGAAGAAAAGCCGUUCGCUUGCCCUCAGUGUGAGAGAACUUUUGCACGUAAAGGAAACCUUAAUAGCCACAUGAAAGUUCAUACUGGAAAGAAGCCUUUCUCCUGUUCUCAGUGUGGAAACACUUUCACACGUAAACAAAUCCUGAAGACUCACAUGAUAAUUCAUGCUGAAAUAAAGCCUUUUGUUUGCUCUCACUGUGGCAAGAGUUUCACACAGAAAGGACACUUUACUGAGCAUAUGUUAAUUCACAAUUCAGUAAAGCCUUUCUCCUGCUCUCAGUGUGGAAACACUUUUAUACGUAAAGCAAACCUCAAGAAUCACAUGAUAAUUCACACUGGAUUAAAGCCUUUCUCCUGCUCUCAGUGUGGAAAGAGUUUUAAAUAUAAAAACUGCCUUAAUGUUCAUUUGAUAACUCACAUGUCAAUAAAGCCUUUCUCCUGUUCUCAGUGUGGAAACACUUUCACAAGUAGAGAAAGCUGUAAAACUCACAUGAGACUUCAUACUGGAAAAAAGCCUUUCUCCUGCUCUCAAUGUGGCAAGAGUUUCACCUUUAAACAAGGACUUAAUAGUCACAUGAGAAAUCACUCUGAAGAGAUGUCGUACGCGUGUCAUCUGUGUGAGAAGAGAUUUAAGUGGAACACGAGUCUAAAAGCGCAUCUUCGUUAUACUCACUCUGCAACAAGGCAACGGAGAGAUACAGUGAGAAACAGGAAAGCUGUGGAAAGUGGAUCGGAUGGAGCAGCUCAACACACUUGUGGCCAAUCAGCUGUAGAGGGCGUGUCCAUUCAUGAUGGGGGACGAGACGGAGAGUGAGAAUGAGGGAGAUUUGAAGAAAGACAGAGCCCGUCUAACGGAGAGCCUUGGCACUUCCUAUUAGCCCCGUUGUGUAUCAU